UAAUAACACAAGUGAUGUGUAUUAUUAUAGUGAUUCAAAAAGCAAUAAGUCAAAAGCAUAUUUUACUAAAUUUAUAAACGAGACUAAUAAGAAAUACGAAUAUAAUUACAAAGAUACAGAAGAAGCGAUCAGAGAUGCGUCUUGGAAGAGCAAAGAUGAAUCGAUGGAAAAGCUAAAGAUUGAUGAUGAGACGCGCACAAAAAUAUUCUACGAUUAUUCGUCAACAGUGAACAAAACUGGAUCACGGGUGAGUGGGAUCAACAAUAUUUCAGCGCCGAUGAACAAGAAUGGAGGCCGGAAUUAUAUUCAUGAAUUGCCUACGGAUAAAUAUGAGAGCGAGAGAAACAAAACCGUACUAAAAACCGGAGGUUUGAAUGGGACGCGUGAUGCAAAUAAUUUAAGAGUUGAAAUGGAAUAUCCCAUUGAAUAUGGGGGCGAGCGUACGGAAUCGUUGGGCAGUUCCCUCGACCCUUCUGAUGUUACUGGUAUGCAAUCAACAUUGGAAUUAGAAGAAUCGUCCCGCGUGGUUUCAAUACUGGGCCUAUUCGAGUUAUCCGUGGGUGACUCACCGCGAGCUGAUGGUGUGUCGGAGUUGAAUGCAGCGAAGUUAGCCGUGGAGCAUGUGAAUAAGCGCACCCUACUCCCGGGGUAUAGGCUCCAUCUGAUCACCAAUGAUACUAAGUGCGAUCCAGGAGUCGGCGUGGACAGGUUUUUCCACGCGCUUUACACAGAGAGAGAGUCCAGGAUGGUCAUGUUGCUUGGGACAGCUUGUUCUGAAGUUACCGAGAGCAUUGCGAAGAUCGUGCCCUAUUGGAAUAUCGUGCAGGUCUCAUUCGGGUCAACUUCACCAGCUCUCAGCGACCGCUCCGAGUUUCCACUUUUCUGCCGCACCGUGGCACCAGAUUCUUCACAUAACCCAGCCAGAAUAGCUUUUAUCAGGCAAUUUGGCUGGGACACGGUGACAGCAUUUUCUCAAAAUGAAGAGAUCUACUCACUGGCUGUUAAUGAGUUGGUCACUCAGUUGGAAGCAGCUAACAUCACAUGCGCUGCAUCUAUUACGUUUGCUGAGUCAGAUUUUAAAGAACAGUUGCAGCAGUUGAAAAAUUUAGACACAAGGAUCAUAAUUGGCAGCUUCUCGCAGGAAAUGAUACCGAAGAUAUUCUGUGAGGCAUUUCGUCUGGGCAUGUUUGGAGCGGAGUAUGCAUGGCUGGUAGCGGGGGCGCCGCCCCGGAUCAGGGGCGCGGCGCCUUGCGCGAGGUCCCAGCUUGCUAAGGCGCUGGAGGGCUUAGUGUCUGUUACCGCACAUAGAGGGAUCGUUGGGAAUGUCGCUUCCUUUUCUGGUUUGACGAACGAAAUGUUCCACCGCGAGAUGGAAGCGGUUGGCGUGCCAAUAUCGCCCUUCGCCCCUCACACAUACGACGCAGUUUGGGCUAUAGCGUUGGCGCUGAGCAGAGCUGAACACUUGUGGAGGACCUCUGACAGUAAUACUACUAAGACGCUUGGUCUGGGACACUUCGACUAUGAUAGGAAAGAUAUGGCUGAAGAGUUUUUGAAUCAACUGGGAAAUUUGAGCUUUCUUGGCGUAUCGGGUCCGGUAUCGUUCAAUGGAGCAGACAGGAUAGGAAUGUCAGCGUUUUAUCAAAUUCAAGGAGGUCGUCCCAAAACAGUGGCGCUCUACACCCAUGGCAAAGAACUGACGUGUCCUGAAUGUGCCAAACCUCUCUGGGCGGGAGGUAUACCUUCAGCCAGGAGGGUGCUGGUACUCCGCGUGGACUCUGUGUGGGCGCCAGCCAGGCUUGCAGUUACCGCCCUGUCGGCUGCUGGCGUUGCUCUGGCACUGGGGUUUUUGGCGUUUAAUUUACAUUACAGCAAGAGGAGAUCUAUCAAACUGUCAUCACCUCGGUUGAACAACAUGACGCUCAUUGGCUGCGUGUUGGUGUACACAGCGGUGGCUCUACUGGGCGUUGAUAAUGCUAUCCUGCCUUCGUAUAUCCCGUUUUCAGCUAUGUGCACUAGUAGAGUGUAUAUACUGUCCGCUGGAUUUUCUUUGGCAUUCGGCUCUAUGUUCGCUAAAACUUACAGGGUUCAUAGAAUUUUUAUAAGCAACCGUAGCGGCGUUUGUAAAACAAAACUUCUUCAAGAUACUCCUCUAAUCUCCCUCGUUUGCGCUCUUCUUGUCAUUGAUGGUCUAUUGGUGACUCUUUGGGCUACCCUGGAUCCUAUGGAGAGGCAUCUGAAGAACUUGACCGUUGAGAUCAGCGCAACGGACAGAAGUGUUGUGUAUCAGCCACAGAUAGAAAUAUGUAAAUCGCAUAAUACAACGGGUUGGUUGUGCGUGCUGUACGCCUAUAAGGGAUUACUUCUCCUAGUCGCAGUUUAUAUGGCCUGGGAGACGAGACACGUGAAGAUAUCCGCCUUGAACGACUCCAAGUAUAUUGGCAUCAGCGUAUAUUCAGUUGUAAUCACCAGUGCUAGUGUUGUAGUCAUUGGUACGAUAAUAUCUGAGCGAGCAACGUUAGCGUACAUCACUAUAACCAGUUUAAUUCUUAUAGCUACAACAUCAACGUUAUGCCUGUUGUUCUUGCCAAAAAUUGUUGCUAUCAGGAAGAAAGGUGAAGAAGACCCAGUAAUACAAAGUUUAGGGUUGCGACUAGAAUGUAAAACAAGACGAUUUGUGACAGACGAAACACAAGAACUCCAUUUUCGUAUUGAAAUACAAAAUAAGGUUUAUAAAAGGGAGGUAGCAGCCCUCGAUAAGGAAAUAGGUCGUCUGGAGAAAUUACUGGCAGAGCCCUUAGAACCUAACGUGACUAUGCAUAAGCGGACCGAACUAAAUACCGUCGAAGAAGAGGGCAAUACGUAUGAUAAAGAUAGAAGAACACCAAGCGUGAGUGGUGGUCUACCAAUGCUUCUGCUCUCAGUAUUACCCCCAGUUAUACCUCGAGCCAGCUGGCCAUCUGCUGAAGCAUGCAGAGGAAGAAAUUCAGUCAGUUUCAGUUCUCAACCCAAACUAAACUAUCGCAAAUCCCAACAAGCCAUUGACUUAUAUAACCUUUGCUUAAAUAAACGUGAAGAGAACCACGGAUUUCUACAAAGAUUAAAAAGUCUAUUCGGAAGUCGGCCAUCUAGUAGGAAAGCUUCGACCAUGUCUAUAGCAGAUCCUACAGGACAGAGCAUUGCAGCAGCAUUAAGAAUGCACGUUGGAAUGAUAGCUGGUUUAGUACCUGGAAACCGAAAGCAUUCAAUAGUACAUUCAUGUAAUACUCUUAACGUGCCAAAUCCAGAACUGAGAUUGAGGCGAGAAUCGUACGCUAGAAGCGGGCCGAUCAUUCGGAUAACAGACGAUGAACCAACAUGUUCUAAAUACAAUUCUAACAAGAGCAUAGCAUCUUCAAACAAAUACGUAGCAGAGCCUGAAACGAAAGUGAACUUUGUCCUACCCAAAACGCAUAAAGCCGUGUCUCAAGGUUCCUGUGAAAAAAUAAGGGGUUCACCGCGUUUUCCUCACAGAAUAUGCCCUGCUGCUUCCAGUCUGUCUACUUUAGAUACGAGACGCAAGACAAGUGCGGAUAGUGUAUUCAAUAUAAGUAGUGUUUUCGAUGAAAACCGACGGCACAGCCACCAAAAUGUAAUUAAGGGUUCUGAUAAGAAUUUGGAAAACAGAUGGAGGUCAACAGAAGACGCCAGGCCUGGCCCGUCAACGCGACAUUAAACCGUGCCAAAAUGAAUGCAUCCUUGUAAAUUACUAGUCAAUGUAUAACUUAAGUACUUAAGUAAUAUAAAUUUUACAUUAGUACCUGUAUUAGAUUAUUGAAUAGUUUUAUUGUCAAUUAAAUAAAUUAGUUCCUUAUUGGUUCCUCAUUAGCCAGAAUCUGUUGUUAAAUGAUAUAGAACGAACGCUUUUUCCUUAUAAUUUUCCAUCCCGAUAGAUUUGAUUAUUAUUAAAGAUACGACCCCCUUCUUAUCUUUACAGCUAUAUUUAUGCAACUACGGUAAAAUAUCUAGGAUUGGGGUGCCAACGAUAAUUUCGUAUUUUGACGUAGUUUAACUUUAAUUUUGUUUUAUUUAUCUUGAUUUGUUAAAUUGGAUAUUGAUGUGAUGAUAAAUUGAUAAUGAAAGUAAAUGCUUUACUUGUUAUUUUUUUAAGAUAAUUUCUAUAGUUUUAAAGGUAUUUUCUUCAGAAAAUAUAUGUAUUUGUGUUCUUAUUUACAUCUUAUCUAGAGGCCUAAAGAUUUCAGUAUGAAUUUAACUUCAGUUGUUAGUGAGAUGUUAUUUCAAACUCUGUAAUAAGAUAUUAAAAUGUAAUAUACAAAUAUAAGGGAAAAACACCAAAGAGUAGGUAUAUAUAAGUAUGAACGUAUAUUCUAUAUGUGUGUAAAACUUACAUUAUUUUUUAUCUAUACAAAACUAGUUUUAAAGAAUAUCCACAAAAUGGCGGGAACUAUAAAUGUACGAUCUAUAUAACUAUUUAAAUGUAAAGGAAUUUUAUUUAAAUAUUUUAUUCUAAGAAAAUAAUUGUGAAAGUAUUUACUGAAAGAAAGCAAUAAUAUAGUGAAUUAUACAUAGGAUAGGUUUAGUUAUUAUUUACCUAAAG